AUGCUGUCCCGCAACCCGCGCGUCUCGAAUGCGUCGGCCCAACAUUUACGCAUGGAGCUGGACGUCCUGGCCGAAGUGGAGUCGCGCGUGCAGCACCAGCGGUGGUGGUCUCUGAGGUUCGAGCACCCGGCCAUGGAGAAGCGCUUCCAGAAUUAUCAUGAAGAGUCUUCGCUGGAUUCGAGCAAGUGGGCCUGCGGGAUAACGCUGGGCUCGGCAACAGCGCUGCAGGCCGCCAUUUUCUACGACGUUUUUGCUCUAAAGACGCACGACAAAACCCCUUGGACGUUCGUCUACAUCGCGGUGGCUGGGAAUGCGCUGUUACUUGUGCUUUGGAGCAUUUUCCUGUGGACAUCACGACGCGCUGGUAGACUUGGAGCCUACUUCCAACUGUUGCUGUUCGCGCUCGGACUGAGCAUGUUGAUGCUUAUUCUCGUUAUUGGUCUGCCGCUUGCAGCGUAUGAGACCCGAGUCGAUAGUACGGAGACGAACUCGACGCUGUUGGAGGAGCUGGACGACGCUCAGAAAGCGCACGAUGUCACUCGGACUUUAUUUUUCCUGCUGAUACUGUUGGGAGCUAUUGCCACGACGUGGUACGCUCAGUUCCUCAUUUACUGCAUUUUGGCCACCUGUACCGUGUUGGCACUCGGAGGGUGGAUCAUCGGUAGCUCCAGCUACCUUCGACGUCAGUGGCAUCUCAUCGUCCUAUUCAUCGGUAGUUUAUUUCUUCUCGGGCGUGCUCUCUACUGUGAAGAGCGCGCGAUGCGCCACAAGUUCCUGCGUGUACGCCACCUCAUGCUUGAAAACCUCAAACUUUCUCGGCAAAAUUCCGUCAUGCACCAGCAACUCAGUUGCCAUGUCGACGCUGUUGGCAUUGGGCACGGCCACGGACUUCGUGACGACGAGCCGCGCGCCUCGAGCCCCAGUUCUGGACGUCAAAGUAUCCCUAAGCCACAAAAGCAUAAGGUUCGACCGAGUAAUUUGCAACCAGUUCGUGAGCCGCCAGCUAUUGGUGAAAGCUGGAUGGAAAAUGUGCUGCGGAGCUUGAGCCAGCUCCGGCAUAAACUUGAAGGCGAUGAACAAGCUACCAGCGAGCUGGACUUCGUGCUGCAGACGCUGACUUCCGAGCAUGAUCUCUUUCUGGACACGUGGUCCCGCCAACGUCGUGUGCCCACCAGCAACGGCACGAAUGAAAAGGCUGAUACAGGUUGGCUAUCGCUGCUCGAGGAGAAGCGCAAUCGUCGUCGACGAACUGACGCAAAGCAGCAGCAAGUCCAGUCUCCCAUGGCGUUUUUGGCGAAGUCUCUACGACGGACGUCGUCAGGGUCGCGUCUGACGGUGCUCACGCUGCUGGAAUCCUUUCUCGCACCACACACGGAUGUCGAUGCGAGUCAACAGAAAGUAUGGACUGCUGACGAAUUGCUCGCGCUUUCCGCUACUUCACAAGAGCUGGAUUUGUUUGCAUUUGCGCACGUGUGUACCUUACCGCUAACGACACUGUUACUUUCGACUCUGGAGAGCCAACGCGUAUUUGGUACACUUCCACUACGCGUGGAGAGCGUCACCGAUUUUGCUCAAGAGAUUGAAGCUCGCUACCAGUCGAAGAACCCGUAUCACAACGCACUACAUGCAGCUUCAGUCGUUUGGGAUGUGAACUACUUCCUUCGGAAGCUCGAAGCCCCUAAAUUGGCUCCUGUUCAACUCUUCUCAGCGCUGGUGGCCGCUGCCAUUCAUGACGUCAAUCACCCUGGAGUAAAUAACGCCUUCCUCGUAGCCACUACGGCGCCUUUGGCGAUCAAAUACUCCGAUGAUUCCGUGCUGGAGCGGAUGCACCUAGCUGAAGCAUUUCAAAUCUGUACGAAAGAUGGUUGUGACAUCUUCGAGGCAUUUCCACAGGAGCUGCGUCGACAAAGCCGAUUGCAAAUUAUCUCGAUGGUGCUCGCUACUGAUCUCAGCGGUCAUCUUACUCACGUGAAUCGGCUCAAGAGCAAACUGUACGCGGUGCACCCUACGCCUUCAGACUUAUCGAUCAACGGAGAAGAGUCCAGUGAUGUUGCUGCUACGCCCGGUUUACUUCUCCCUGAUGAGCUCGUACUGCAGACUCUAAUCAUGAUGGCAGACCUCGGCCACGCAAUGAAGUCGUUCCCUCUUCACUUGGCGUGGUCCGAGCGGGUGGCUGAGGAGUUUUACCGCCAAGGCGACACCGAGCGGCAGUUUGGACUGACGAUCUCACCGCUUUGCGACCGAACUACGGGCGUCGAGCGCUUUGAGAAGAACCAAAUUGGAUUUAUCGAGUUCGUGCAGAAUGCUGCAACAUGGGAAAAGCGUGCUCAAGCUAAGGCUGCUGGAAGUGAUGCGAUACCGACUUCUCCUUCAGGUACAGCUUUGGCAAUCCCCGCAACGAUUGUAGAGGGGGACCUAGGCGAAGAAGAAGCUGAGAGCUUCGCCGAAAUUGUUGUUGACGUGGGUACCGAUUCAAAGACAAAGACGAGUAGUGAAUAG